AUGGCCAAAGACGACGAAGAGCCGAUGGACGUAAUCGGUGGGUUUCUAAUCGAAAAAUGCGCAUUUUUAGAGAGAAAUGCUGAAAAUCGGCUGAAAAGCGCAAUUGUUCUGAAAAAUUGCAGAAGACGUGGCCGGAUGGAAGCAUUUACCACCGGAAAUUCGCAGAAACAUCAUGACCAGAUUGCCGUUUCCUGUAAGCUUCGCAAUAAAAAUUGUGGAAAAUCACUAAAAACGCACAAAAUUUCAGGAUAAACAAAACAUGACGCUGGUCAACUGGGACAGUGCUCUAAUCUGCACCGCACUGCCAAAUAGGCUCCACGAGCUCGGAAUAACCGAAUUUCCGACGACAGCUGUGAGCAAAUGCGAUUUUCGAGCGGAGAAUAUCGCUUAUUUUGCAGAAAACAAUAUUGUGCAUGAAAUGGAAAAAUGACGCGGGACGAAUUGUGAGCCGAAUGGUCGAAUUCCGCGGAAAUUCAUUGUAGGCAUAGAGAAUUGGCUGAAAAUUUGAACCCUAUUCCAGACGUCAAACAGAGUGUCCGGAGCACACGGCCGAGGCGAUGCGCACGUUUUUACGCCUCUGGAAACGGUCUAAAGUUAAAAGUGUGGUCCUUGAGAUUGUGAGUUGAAAAAUUGGCAUUUUUUCAAAUGAAUCACAUUUUUGCAGCCAUGUUUCGAAGGAAUGUCGGGAAUUUGGGACGAAGGAAUGGACGAUUUGAAGAAGAGCAUUGCGGUCAGAUCUUUUAAUAUCAGGUAAAAAAUGGAGAGAAUUUCGUAAUAAUUCAAAAAAUCUAUUUUCUAGGACAAAUGAUUAUCGUCUGGUUGUAAGGGCGCUGGAAGCUCCACGAAAUAGUCGCCACGACAUUUCCCUACUGGCAAACGAUCACGGAGGAAUGGAAACUUCAGUUUUUGAUAUGGAUAAGGUAAUAAUUCGCAUUUUCCCCUAAAAACCCAUUUUUGCAGGUAAAAGAAGCGCGCAGUCUGAUUUUGUGGUCGCUGAUCAGCAAUAUCCAAGACGAACAGCUUCUCGCGCUCUCCGCCCACAAUAUUCGUCUGCACAGCGAAUUCAUCACCUCCGAGGCGAUUGCGCAGAUGAUUCAGGAGUGGAAGAACGGCAGGAGAGCUCUCGAACGCCUUCAUAUCACUUCUCCGAAAAUCGAUUUGGACGCGGUGGUGCGACAGAUUCAAAGCGUUUGCUGGAAAGAUAUGACUGAGUAGGUUCCGGGGCAAAUUCUGGAAAAAAUUGAUGUUCUCUGUUUUAGCCCAAUUUUCUCAGCAAGCCUGGCUCUUUUCAGCUGAAAUCUGCCACUUUUCACAGCUUACGCCUGAAAAACUGGAAAAUUCUGCAAGUUUCAGCAUUUGCUCCAUUAUUUGGCGCGAAGUCGACGAGGAGGGCUACUCGUACGCGACACGCGGCCCAACUUAUGAUAUUCCGGCCGCAAUCGGCAUGAUUCCUGGUCAGGACGGUUAGUUUUACGUUUUUUCGUUAGAAAACUCAAAACAUUCUAAAAAUGGGCUCAAAACUCGACGUUUUGUGGAAAUGUCGUAAGCUUGGGUGCAAAGCCCGCAGAGUGGUGUCGACGGACUUUGCGCGGGAUUUGACGACAUUGUUUGACUUAUUAUGAGUUCCUGUCGUUUUUCGGCGAUUUUCUGCAGAAAAACAGUAUUUUUCAGGCGUCCAAACAUUCAUCUUCCGCAUAAUCCGAAUGACGCCGCAAAUGUCGCGUACGGUGUACGAACGGUGCUCGGCGCAGUGUCCGAACAUGAAGAGUUCGGAGGAUUUGAAUGUUCAGCGGCAACAAGAAGCUCGAUAA